CCCUACGUCACGUUCACACUGGUCUCCCAACAAAAAUAUUAACCUCGCCCCACCCCAGCCGUGGAGCGUGGCACACAGACAUGAAAGCCGGAUCAUCCACUAGCCCUACACGACGUCAACAUUCUACAGACUUUGAAGAUAGGAGAAUUACUACUCUAUACGCCAAGGCCGG